AUGACUGUAGAAACCAUUCCAGGGGGUGUAUAUACCCCCAUCACCACUUUUUUCCAUGAAGAUUAUACCUUGGACUUAAAAACCCAGGUCCAACAUGCUAAGUUCUUGUACGACAACGGCAUCCAGGGGUUGGUUGUAGCUGGAUCCAUGGGAGAAGCUGCUCAUUUAUCAUCCCACGAACGUUAUACGUUGGUUAAGACCCUUAGGGAGGCCAUUCCUGACCCCCAGUUCAAGUUGAUAGCAGGAGCUCCUCCUUUGAACGUCCAAGAUGGCAUCAAAGAGAGUGUUCAGGCCAAAGAAGCUGGUGCUAACUUCAUGAUCUUCCUUGUUCCAGGGUUCUUUGGUGGCCAUUUGACCUCCCAGCAAGGAAUUGUCGAUUACUUCCAUGCCAUUGCUGACCAGUCAGCUUUACCCAUCAUGGUCUACAACUACCCUGGGGUCAGUAACAACGUCACCCUCACCAUCGACACCUUCCACCAGCUCUCCCACCACGGGAAUAUCGUGGGGGUGAAGUUGACCCAUUUCUCAUUGGAUACUUAUACCCUUUUAGGAAAAGAUAUCCGGUUACACAAAAACAACUUUUCACCUUUUACCGGGUUAGGUCAAGUAUUGGUGCCAGCUAUGGCGGUAGGAAUCCGUGGUACCAUUGAUGGGUUAAGCGGGGUGUUCCCUAAAGUGAUGGUGAGGUUAUUUGAGUUGAUUAAGCAAGGGAAGUGGGAGGAAGCUGGGGAGUUACAGUUCCUCGUCACCCAGGCCGACAUGAUGAUUGGGGACUACAACCUUGUUGGGACGAAGUUUGCCAUCAACAAGUACCACGGGAUGGGAGGGUACUUGGCAGGGAGACCUCCGUUGAACCAGGGCAUCGAUGGGGGGAAGUUCAAGAAGUACGAGGAAGCUUUUGAUGAGUUGAUGAAGGUGGAGAAGACUUUGGCCUGA